CUCCACUGUUGUUUUCAGAUUCCCCCGUGAACAAACACUGCUCAGACUUUGAACUAUUCGCCUCUACGAUGAAGCUCAGAUGGUUCAAGGAUGUUCUCCAAGUGCUCCCCAAGCGCACUGCAAGGACUUGAACACGAAUUGGCUCUCUUCCGCAUGGUUUUACCUAUUUGCGUCCUCACGCUCCGUUUGACUUCGGCCGGAAUCGGGAUCUCAAGAGGAGCGCCAAACUUGUAGAGAACCACCUGGAACGCAAAGCUUCCCGGAUUGCGUCAAGCCCAUCUUUCCAUCCAAGUGAACCCAAAACCAAGAUCUCUCAUCUUUGAACGACUGCAAUCCACAAAAUGUCCUUCGUCCAACCGGCCACCGUUUCUAAUGUGCUGUCUUAUUGCUCGAGGAGUCUUCCAGAUUAUCCGACCCAACUUCAUGGAACCUCUUUAAAAGUAUCUGAACGCCUGGUGACGUCUUCGAAGCUUUGUAGAACGAUCUUGUCGACCUUCUCCUCGGGUGGACUUCCAAAUUAGGAAAAUUGCCAUCUUGGAACAAGGGACGGGUUUAUGCGCGCAUGUUAUGCAGGGGACUGGUCGCUACUAGUGGGAUCGGGUCUGAACUACUCUUUGCGCUAGCAUGGGCCGCGAUGACGGCGUCACGUAGCACAUGCUGGCGCUCUUUUCCCUCGUGCGCGCUUUGUGCUGCGUCUCCAAAGAAAAGGCUGGGGUUGGAGUUUUGCCGUCAAGCUCUCAAGUAAAGGACUUUUGGAGACCGAGGACGCAAGAUUCUGUCAAUAUAGAUUUCAACAGCUGGAUAUCAUCGCGGGGCAGACGGUCGCUUCUUGACUGGUACGAGAUACCCUGUCGGCAAAAUCAAGCCCUGUGGUGCGGGAGUGGGUCUGCAGACAAAAAGCUAUGAGCCUCGGUCAGACAUUAUGCAGCGUCGCUGAAUAAUGGCGAGUGCAAGAAGUCGGUCCAAUCUGCAGUGCAUUGUCUCUUCGACUCAAGUGCCCGGCGUAUCACAUAAGCAAUCAAACACGCACCCAGUUUCGAUCAGCGAACUUUCCUUGCCUCCUUCAUCGACGGUGUGCUCCCUCCACAUCCGUUGACAGCAGGAAGUUAUCCGGCGCUUUACGCUUUAUAGCAUCAAUGCCAGGCCCUGAUCCCGCGGACGAGGCCGCUUUGGCGAUGCCACCACCCUCGACGAUCCCCCGGGCGACCGCACGGCCCAGCACCCGCGUCCGAACCCGCAAAAUGACACCCGAAGCGACGAACAUCCGCAGGCAUCUCGACCCGUACACGCUGAUGUUCCCGCCGAGCGCGGAGAUGAUGAAGGCUCUGUUGCAAUACGGGUACACCAAAGCGCAGAUCAAGCAGGCGUGGAUGCUCCCCUCGCCGGACCAGCAUCCGAUCGCCCCUUCUCCCGUCCCAGCCCCCGCCACUCCGGCCCUCGUUGCAGCAGCACCUCCUGCCGAGGCUGCCACGGAACCAGUGGCCGAAGCUGUCGCUCCAAAGGCGAAGAAGAGCCGAAAGCGAAAGGCUCGCGCGAUCGACGCAGACACCAGCGCAGAACUCGAGCAGGGCCCAGCGAAGCGGGUGAAUACCCAAGCUGAAGAUGCAGAGGCCGAACGCCAUCGCUCAAUUCAGAACAACAUGACGUUUUGUCUCGACUCCUCGCUGAAUGUCAUCCAUGGACCGGCUGUUGCUGCUGUGCCACCGCCUCAAGAGAUGGGAACGGCAAACGAAAUGGGCUGGGAGACAGCACCGCUUGAGCACGCUGCUCCUGCUCCUGCUCCUGCUCCUGCUCCUGCCCCCGCUCAGAAGAAAGACAAGGGCAAGGGAAGAGCCAUCGACAAUCCACCGGCCAUCGUUUCGGCCCCGGUGGUCGAGAAACCCCUCAAGCGGCAGCGUCGAGUGAAGCAGCCCAAGUACAUUCUGUUUAAGAUCUUCCUGUGUGCGCUUUGCUUAUUCCCUUCCAGCGCCGUUGCUGGUCCUUCGCGUCAAGUUGAGGUGCCGUCAGCUAGCGGCUCCUCGCUCGUGAUGCCGGCUUUCCAGCCUCAGCAAUACCCGGACUGGAAUGCCUACCCAACUGCGAAUAUGGACCCUGCUGGAUACUAUGCUCAGUAUGACCCAGUCUCGGGACCCAGCGCCGGCUAUGGUCCGCAGUCUAGCUAUGCUCAAUAUGUCGACCCCGAGGCUGGCGCUACUGCAUCUUACUCGACAGACAAUUUGGCUGGCACUUCCCAGGCCUAUCAAGGCCUCACGGUAGACCCGUCGUUGGUCAACCCGGAGGCAGGCAUCGUUCCUCUUCCUCCCUACGUCGACUACAGCGCCACGAAUGCACAAGCACAAGCCUGCGAGGGUUUCGACCAGCUGGACUCGACCGGACAACCACUCGACGAUAUCACGAACGAGUUCUUGCUGCGCUCUGGACUGAUUCAGCCGGACUACAUGGGUGCGAUGACUGGGGAGGACUACAUCGAGGACCUCCAGGACGCCCAGUUGGCCCAUCGUUCCCGCGAGUUAUUCGGGCUCUUCAAAAUCUCCUAAAUGCCUCCGAAGUGAAAAGAUUCACAUCCAUCCUCCAUUUACGCAACGCCCUUAUUCGUAUAUAUACAUUCUUCACACUGUUCUGAUACUCUCUCAUCUGCCUCUCGUCUGUAUUUGUACCUUAUGCUUGUUUUGUGACUAGAUGGUGUAUACACUGUAGAUGUACCA